CAUUAUCCGUCAUUCAUUCACCACACGCAUUUUGAGUUCAUAUUGUUUACAAAAAACAGUUCUCAAAAAAACGCCAGAGUCUAGUUCGCGAUUUGAUUUCUUCUAAUAAAAAGUAGAGUUGAAACCUUGAACAUUUAUGGAAAUUUAUCGCUGAAUGUUAAUGUUUUUACGACGGUCACGGCAUUGGAUGUAUUGAUAAAACAUUGAGAUAUGAGUGAGCAACUAGCGCCCGAAACACGCAACAAAUCCAGAGAAAGGUCAAAGACACCAUUUCACCUACGUUCACAAUGUGAUGGCGAUAACUGCAAUGAAGUAGGUCACAUUCAUGGUCCUACCAAAAAGAUUCCUACAGUGUCAACUAUCACUGAAGAACCACAAUCGUCAGCUUCGAGUCAUAACAGCGUAUCAGUAACGAAAACAGUCGUCUAUUCAGUAACAAACAAUGCUACGUCAAGCCAACACAAUCAAAAUUCAAUUGAAGCGUCUCUAUCUUCCACAAAACCGAUUUUAACGGUACCUGCAACAACAACGACCACCAAAGUUAACACAAAGUCAAACCAAAGUAGUAGUCAGAAAACGGUGCGAAAGACGAUGAGCGGCAGAACAGAAGUUAGAGAGCAUCAAGACUUAUCCAACCUGAAACACUCGACGCCUAAGCAGAAUUCUGUGAAGGUCAGCCAAAUUUCACCAAACAUUUUGGAAAAUUUGAAUUUGAAUGACCAUCUGGCAUACAAAGAGUACAAGGAAGCUGGAGAAUAUUGGAAAAAGUAUCCGAAAACGGACUACGUCUACUCGCCCACCUAUUCCCCAUUCCGACGGGAAAUUAAACCGGGCAUCAUCGCAAUGCCAAACAUGUCUCGACGAAGUCUCGAAAGCCACCAAAAUCGGUCCAAUGAACUGGCAUCAUUAACCACCACCGCUCAAGAGUCGUACAUUCGAUCGCGUUUUCAGUCCAAUUUCGACAAAUUUCAGAAUUUUAACCUAUCAGACGACGACCUCGAUGCGAAUGAUUAUCGUACGACGUCCAUUUAUCAAAGUACCGAACAGAAAGCGUCCAUCAUACGGCGAUUUUUCACAUCAAUUGUUACGAUCAUUGUGACAACCUUUCACAAAACGUGUCGCAUAUUCAGCAGAAGUGAAGUGGAUUACCGAAAUUACCGGAAUGGGCGCUAUGACGGUGUGAAUGAAAGUGCAGAUGGAACAGUAACAGGUCUAUUGUCUACAACAUCGUCAGCGUCUAGAACAAUGUUGGCGUCGAUCUUUCGUUACAUCUACGUAACCAUCGCUUCCAUUCAAUUUUGGGAUUCGUGUGUCCUGCAGUCAUCAAAUACGGAGAAUCGUGGCAAGAAGCGUUUCCUGCUAUUACUGUUACUUCUGUUAUUAGCAGCUGCUGGACUAUGUGCGAGUCAAACAGAUAAAACGACAUCCCUAUCCGAUCGUCUACCACUUGCUCUGCAAUCAUUUAAAAACACGGGCUACGACUUCGUUGCGUCAACCAAAUCACUGCUGAAAUCCUGUUUCGAUUUCCACUGGUCGCUACCCAUCCUCUUCCAAUCAUAUUGGACCACGACCAACAAUUUUCCGUCCAGUUCAUCGCUGAGCGAUCGACAGUAUGCGGAUCUGAUCAAACACAUUGAUGCCUACAUCGAACACAUUAUCGCGACAAAGUCGAAAGAGACAAUAUCACCGGAAGCCAACAACAUUCUGAUCGCAUCGAUUGUCAAGGACACCAUUGUCAAUUACAAAUAUCAGCUCAGUUUGGACGACAUCGAACGGAUUGCUAAUGUUGUGCGGGAAAAGCUACGGGAAGAUGAGUCUAAAUUGGGCGUUCCGUUGGACGAACACAGAGAGUACAUUGCGAAUGUGGUAAAAGAGAAUGUGAACCUGUACGCUGCUUCGGCACCGACAAGCCAACACCACGAUGAACUGAAAGUUGAUGACAUUCUGGCGAAGGUUUUUGGUUCGGCCACAUUGUCGGAGGCUAUUCACAAACAGGUCGUCAAUCAAAUCGAUCCACAGCAGCGCCGAAUUGGUACACUCGAAAGUAAAAUUGAAUUCAUGACCGACAAGUUAUCGGACAAAACAUUGGAAAAUCAGGAUCUUAAGCAUUCGUUGGAUAUGUUAAAAGCGGAGUACGCAAAACUGUUGGGAAGUGUAAAUGUCCACAACGAUGACGUCGAUCUAAAAUUGAUAAAAUUGCUGAACGAUGUCGACGCUAAAUUUGCAACGUUCCAUCAGAGCCAGUACGCAACGAUAGACAGUCACGUGCAAUCAAUUUUGAUUGACAUCAUGGGCUAUGACAGUUCGAGUGGUAAGCCAACCGAGGUUGACUUGAGGGCAUGGAUUCAAAAUGUUUUCGUUGCCAAGACAUAUCUCGAGCAGCGACUGAACGAGUUGAGUGCUACCUUCGACAAAAAUCUAAAAGAUGAACUUCACCGUUCCGCUGCGAUACUGAUCAAAGAUGUGGGCGACCAGAUUAAGAAGGAAACGUUGCUGGUAAUUGAAAAUCGAGAGAAAGGUCAUGCUGGUCAUGUCGGAACGUUGGAUGAAAUGAAAAUUAAAGGCAUUGUCAAGGAAAUACUGGCCGUUUAUGAUGCCGAUAAAACUGGAUUGGUCGAUUAUGCGUUGGAAAGUGCCGGUGGUGAAGUACUUUCGACCAGAUGCACCGAGAACUAUCAGGCACAUUAUCGGCUCUCCGUUUUUGGCAUUCCAAUACCAUUCACGUAUCAGACGAAUACACCGCGGACAGCCAUAUCCCCGACAGUCCAACCUGGAAACUGCUGGUCAUUUCAAGGAUUCCCCGGUUUCCUAGUCCUAAAAUUGAGUACCUACGUGUUCGUGUCAGGAUUCACCAUGGAACACAUACCAAAAUCACUAGCACCAAGCGGAAAAAUCGACUCAGCGCCGAAGAAUUUUAGCGUUUGGGGACUGGAAAGUGAAAGCGAUCGCGAUCCAGUCGAAUUCGGAAAGUACACAUUUCUGGAGAAUGGCACUAGUCUGCAAUAUUUUGCCGUUCAAAAUACCGACGUGGACCGAUCGUUUAAUGUGGUCGAACUUCGAGUGGAAUCGAAUCACGGCAAUCAGAAUUACACUUGCCUGUACCGGUUCAGAGUUCACGGUCAGCCAGAUACUUAAAAAAAAAGGGAAACGUUGUGCGUCACAAUUUUUUCAUUGUCACUUCCGUAACUAGAGUGACUCUUUAUUUACUGAGAAGUUCUUUUCAUUUCUUUUUCUUCUUCGUUUUGUAUUAUAUGGAAAAUGUAAAGUCGAGUUUUGCCUUAAAUAACAUUAGCAUAAGUCUGUUGUAUGUUCAAAUUUGCCAUAUGCCUUAUGCAGAUGCAGAUGCACUUGUAAGAUUGUUUUCUUCCUAAUAUUACGUUGUAUAAGUAUCCCAGAAACAGAAAUCAAUUGGGAUGAAAAUUUAAAUUAAUUUUGAAAAUAAAAUGGCCAAAGUUUGGCAUUGUAUAAAAAUCAA